AUGUCAACCUUGGUGUCGUUGCGAGAGGAUGACAGCCUCAUGCGGCAAGAGAGCACCGAUAUUCCAGUUGGCACAAAGACAAUUACGAGCCAUCAGAAGAAUACAAACCCCGGGGUUUCAAUUUACGCAAUGGUCCCAUUAUGGCCGAACCCAACUCCACCACUUAAACGGCCGUACCAAUUUCGAGUGGUAAAAGAAUUCAAUGACCUCAACCGACUUGAAAACGAUAAGAAUGACAAGAACGUCAUCACCCUGAGUCACAAGUAUAUCAGCCCGACACCAACAAUACACACAGAUGACACACCGGAAGACAUCCUUACACGGCUCAUCAUGGAACAUGGUGGCCCUAUCAACUGCAAGCUUUUAUACAUAACGCGUCAUGGCCAAUCGAAGCACAAUGUCGACGCCCUGGAAGCGGGCGGGGACCAAUACUCUGCCGUCUGCGCGCAUUUUGCUCAGGAUCGAGAUCCAGCUCUCACAAAUAGCGGCGAGCAAGAUGCGGCAAAGGCAGGGGACCUGAUAUCCACCUCCGAGGCUGCCAAGUACGCUGUGCCUUCUGUGGUGUACUGCAGUACUUUAAAGAGGACGUUGCAGACCGCCGUGAUUUGUGCGGCCAGAUAUGUUCCCGCGAAUAUGCCGUUGACGCUCUUCCCUCGUGAUGGCCUCCGCGAGUUCAUGGGCCCAGGACACCUCCAUGUGUCGGACGGACGAGGCAACAAAAGUGACAUACUCGAGACACUUUCGGAAUUAAGAAUAUUCAAGCAACUGUCUGUGGAGCUCGAGGAAGACCUGCCAGACGAAGAUGAUGCUUUCCGCACUGCGGAGACCUACAUAAAUGUCGACAUUCGGAUCGAACAUGAACUUGCCAAGAUCUUCGAUGAUACUACCAACAGGUCGUCUCGAGCGGUCCACAUCGUCUCGCACAACAGGGCGAUACAGUCCAUUCUGCGUUGUUUGGGAUACUCCACGAACCAAAGCAACUACCGCAUCUUCGACUUUGACAACGCUGCGACGAUCGCACUGCUCGUCAGUCGAACACCGCGAACCGAAAGGCAACAAGAGGACUUACAAGCAUCUGAUGAAGCCCUCCAGAGAGAAGAAAGUGCCCAAAUAGAUGAGUCAUAUUGCGCAGACAUUAAUUCUGGCUUUGAAAAGAUUCAAAAGGACUGCAUGGAAGGGAGGUCGGACAAGUGGCAGCCGUGGCUGAAGAAGCUCGAGGAGGAGCUGGCAAACGGCUCGUCAGGCGAUGUUAUUGAGUGGAGGUUUGAAUUGCUGAAGAAGGCCAUGUCGGGAGAGUUUAAGUGCGGGGAAUUUGCGACGCAGAAGGCAGUCGGAGCCUUUCAGUAG